AACUACUACUUGAAUCUUUAUCAAAAGAUAAUUCAAACUAAACGAAACACAACGUCUAACAGUCACUACAGAAAAAAAUUAUAAACAAUUUACAAAUAUGGGUAUAUUUUGUGAAAUAAAUUUAAAUAAACCUGCAGACGGAAAAUAUAAGUAUACCCCAGGAAGCAUCGUAACAGGAGCAAUAAGGUACUAUUUAGAUGAAGAAUACACAUUUCAAAGAAUAACAAUAUCUUUCAAAGGACUAGGAAAACUACGCAUACAAGACCAAUCCAGGCGAAGAAGAGACAGAAAGUAUAGAUUCCACAACUCUGAAGACUACGUCGAUAUAGAUCAUGUGAUUUACACUAAUGAAAAGAAGGAACCACUGACUAUUGGACAAUAUGAAAUGGAUUUCAAUUUCCAACUACCAGAAAACGUGCCACCAUCCAUGAAGUUUUAUAAACACACUGGAAAAUAUAAAAUUUGGUGUUUCAUCAAAUAUUAUGUGAGAAUUAAAUUUGAAAGACCGGGAACUUUAAAUCUAAGUACACGAUACAAGAAAGAACUUAAUGUUAUAUCUAAUGCCACACCUAGAUUGCCAAUAGAGCCGCUUAUACAUGAAGAUGAGAAAAAGCUACUAAAGUUGACAUCUAUAUGUUCUAGCAAAGGAGUUAUAAGUGUAAAAGCAACAAUAUCUAGUUCUGUAGUAAAACCUGGUGAGAAAAUCAAAAUAGAUUGUGAAAUAGAUAACAAUACUAGUGUUAUAGUAAAAGGUAUAAAAAUCAAGUUAAUCGAGGUGGAUAAAUACAGUAUAAUCGGUUAUAAUGAAGUGACAGGUAAAUCAGAUGUUGAAGGUGUUAAUGUUAACUACGGAGCUAUAUUCGCAGGAGAAGCUACUACGGUGUCUGCUGAUCUCCCUGUACCUGAUAACUGUUCGUCAAUAGAACAUUCUAGAAUGAUAGCGAGAGAUUACGCCGUAGGUAUUAUAUUGCUGCUUCCAUCGCCUCAUAUUAAUAUGUAUCUUGAAAUACCUGUACAAGUAAUUGAGAAAUUGACAGAUGAUGAAAAGAAUAACGAUUUAACUGUGGAAGAUGAUUUUUCGAUCGAACAACCUGAUAAUCCGCCUUCAUAUUGGGAAGUGAUGCAUGAAGAUAAUAUUAUUAAGCCUGAAAUUGAGACUGAAUUUGAUGGAGUUGAAACUUUGACAAUAGAAUAUUGA